CAAAUCAGAAUUCAAUUUUACUAACCCAAAAGCCUAACAGUUAAUUAGGCGAGGAAUACGAAGAGUAAACAGAGAGAAGAUUAACAGAAUCUUCUCCUUCUUCCUCUUUCAUCAAUGGCGGAUUCAGGUCCCGCCAGUUUCUCGACGAGAGCCAAUGCCUUGCUUCGUAAAAACUUAUCCUAUCAGACACGGAACAUAUGGAGCAAUAUUCGUCUCAUCAUGAUCCCUUUCUACCUCUGCGUACUUCUAGUGGGAAUUCAAGCUCUGUUCGAUUCUCAGAUUACUAACUCUGCUGAUAAUCAAUGUGGUUGUCAAUGCACUCUCACCAAUGAAAAUGGAAAGUGCGUAAACAAGACUUGUGGUAUAGAGUAUUCGUCUUCGGAUCAAGCAUUCUUUUGUUCCAUCCCUAAUCCUCCCCAAUGGCCUCCUUUGUUACAAGUUCCACCUCCUGACAGUCGGGCUGUUCGUGCCAGUUUCCUCCCUGAGAUAGGCCUACCUAGUGAAUCUUGCAAAAGAACCGGAUCGUGUCCUGUUACUAUUCUUUUUACUGGGAGUAACCAUUCCUUUGGAGCGAGCUUGUAUGGGAAUCUGCUACCUAGUUCUGUAACGGUGAACUCCUCUGAUCUCUUGCAGGGUUUAGCCUAUAAUGCCUUGGGCACAGAGAUAGAGGCAGAGCUCACCAAUUAUCUUGAUCCAGGGAUUGCCUCAGAUCUUCCCAUCUACAGUAUUCAAUCUCGGUGCAUUUCAAACGCUGCCUUUCCAUUCUCAUUUGGACUAGGACCUCUCCAGUUUCAGAAAGACUUGAGAUGUGUUCAAGGAUUGAAUCUCUGGCGAAAUAACUCCAAAGAGGUCAAUGAUGUGAUAUUCAAAGGUUAUAAAAAAGGAAAUCCCGAGGGAAAAGCAAAUGAGAUUGUUGCAGCAUACGAUCUUUUGAACACAAAUAGGAACAACUUCAAUGUGCAUAUCUGGUAUAACUCAACAUACAAAAAAAAUUCAAGAAAUAGGCCUUCAACGUUGGUCCGAGUUGCCCGCUCAGUCAAUUUGGUUUCAAAUGCUUACCUUCAGUUUCUGCAAGGCUCAGGGACAAAGAUGUUGUUCGAAUAUGUCAAAGAGAUGCCUAAACAAGAAACCAGCCUUCGUCUAGACAUCGCGUCUCUAAUUGGUCCCCUUUUCUUCACAUGGGUUAUUCUUCUUCUGUUCCCUGUGAUCUUGUCUUCAUUGGUGUAUGAGAAACAGGAGCGUCUAAGGAUCAUAAUGAAGAUGCAUGGGCUAGGGGAUGGUCCAUAUUGGAUGAUUUCUUACGCCUAUUUUCUUACCAUAUCCACGUUGUAUUUUAUAUGCUUGAUGAUAUUUGGGUCAGCAAUAGGACUCAAGUUCUUUCGGCUUAAUGACUAUAGUCUCCAGUUCGUUUUAUAUUUUCUUUAUGUGAAUCUGCAAAUUGCCCUUUGCUUUCUAGUUUCAUCAAUAUUCUCAAAGGUCAAGACAUCAACAGUUGUUGCUUACAUAUACGUGUUUGGAUCGGGACUUUUGGGCACGUUUCUGUUCCAGUUUCUGAUUCAAGAUUCAUCAUUUCCUAGAGGCUGGAUUAUUUUCAUGGAGUUGUAUCCUGGCUUCUCUUUAUACCGUGGGCUGUAUGAGUUCGCACAAUUUGCUUUCCAAGGAAACUUGAGAGGGGCAGAUGGGAUGAAGUGGAAAGAUUUCAGUGAUAGUGCAAUGGAUGAAGUUUUCUACAUCAUCAUCAUUGAGUGGUUUCUCGCACUCAUUGCAGCAUAUUAUAUCGAUAAGAUUGUUUCAUCCGGAAAAGACCCCUUGUUCUUCGUGAAAAACUCUUUCAAAAAGUCCCCUUCUAUGCGGAAGCCUAGUCUGCAGAGACAAGGCUCCAAAGUCUUCGUUGAAAUGGAAAAACCAGAUGUCACUCAGGAGAUAGAAAAAGUUGAGAAGUUGAUGCUUGAGACUAGCACAAGCCAUGCCAUUGUUUGUGACAAUCUGAAGAAGGUGUAUCCAGGAAGGGAUGGGAACCCACCAAAAAUGGCAGUGCGUGGAUUAUCUCUCGCUGUGCCUUCAGGAGAAUGUUUUGGCAUGUUAGGGCCUAAUGGUGCUGGCAAAACCUCAUUCAUCAAUAUGAUGACUGGACUCCUGAAACCAACAUCGGGAACAGGGCUUGUCCAAGGUUUGGAUAUAUGCAAUGAUAUGGACAGAGUAUACACCAGCAUGGGCGUAUGCCCGCAGCACGAUUUGCUCUGGGAGACGCUUACAGGAAGGGAACAUCUGUUGUUUUAUGGAAGACUUAAGAAUCUCAAGGGCUCUGAUCUCACCCAAGCUGUGGAAGAGUCUCUUAGGAGUGUCAACCUUUUCCACGGAGGAGUUGGUGAUAAACCUGCUGGGAAAUACAGUGGAGGUAUGAAAAGGCGUCUGAGUGUUGCCAUUUCACUUAUCGGGAAUCCCAAGGUGGUUUAUAUGGAUGAGCCAAGCACAGGACUUGAUCCAGCUUCGAGAAAGAACCUAUGGACUGUCAUCAAGCGUGCAAAGCAAAACACUGCCAUAAUCCUCACAACUCAUUCCAUGGAAGAAGCAGAGUUUCUUUGUGACCGGUUGGGUAUUUUUGUAGACGGAAGCUUGCAAUGCAUUGGCAACCCAAAAGAGCUGAAAGGAAGGUACGGUGGAUCCUAUGUGUUUACGAUGACAACAUCAUCGGAACACGAGGGAAACGUGGAGAAGCUGAUUCAAGAGGUCUCCCCAAACGCCAAGAAGAUAUACCACAUCGCAGGGACACAGAAGUUUGAGCUCCCUAAAGAGGAGGUUCGGAUCUCAGAGGUGUUUCAAGCUGUGGAGAAGGCAAAGAGCAACUUUACGGUCUUUGCCUGGGGGCUUGCAGACACAACUCUUGAAGAUGUCUUCAUCAAGGUUGCUAGAACUGGUCAAGCCUUUAAUGUCUUUUCUUGAUCUUCUUAGAUUUGGGGAUUUAUACAACGUCAAUAUUUGUUUGUCGAUGUUAAUGUGGUAUAUAUGACACUAAGUUACCGAUUAGAAGAUUUCAUGUAUAUUACUGGAAAUAUAUAUUACAUAUUUUUUAAAUUUAUACUUUUUUGAAUUUUAUCAAUGUGGAUUACCG